CGAUUCACGUCUCCGAAGAUAACACAUUGGGCGUGGUGAAAUUUAAUUAUUAAUUCCAACGUUUGCUUUGGGCACACUGGACUGCUUGCACGUCACAUCAUCGGAAAAUUUUCCAGAGAUUACGUACAAAUUUUACGAAAAUUUUUAAUUGAAAAUUAUUUUUUAAAAUUUCAAAAUUUUUAUUUAACUGCAUAUAUGCGGAAAAACAGUGACUUUAUUAAAAAAGUGGUCUAAUUAACGCCUGGUCAGACUUUUUACGCAAGCAAAAUGCAUGCAAAGUAGAGACGUAAAAAUUUUGUGUGUGUACCAACGAAAGAGCGGAGAAAACGGAACGCGUGAAAGCAAAAAGAAGAAAUCGUAUAACCACCGAGUGUGUGUGUGUGCGUGUAUUGCUCUGUGAGAGAGAGUACGUGCGUGUGUGUAAGAAGCAGACAAAGCAAAACAGGCGAAAACUGUGUUGCGCCUGGAAAAAUGAUGGAAAACUACGAGGAUAUGAAUAUUCGGCUCGGCCACAUCAAUGCCAAAGAGCUUGCCGAUAUCCAUGAAAUUCAAAUACAACACAGUCGAAGCAAUGAAAUCAUUACAUUUGACAGCUCACAAGCCAAUUUUGAUUUUGGCGCUGAAAUUUUGACAACACAAACAGCAACAUUAGCAACAACAGCAACAGUAGAAGUAGCAACAACAGCAACAACAUCAGCGGCAGCAGCAACAGCAACAAGCGAAACUCAACCAAAAGAAAAUGGUGAAAUCAAAACAAUAACAUUGCCUCAAAUGGGAGAGCAACAAAUUGGCGCCAAUCAAAUUACCAAAAAUCAAACAGUUCAAUCGGAGCAAAAUGCACAGCAAAUGAUUAAUCUGGAAAUCUCCGAUGAUGAUGAUGAUGGGGACGAUGACGAGAAUGAUGAUUACAAAUCGAGCUGGGCCAACAGCGAUGAUGAUGACGAUGAUUCGUCGAGUUCGGAUUGCUCGUCGACGGUGGGUCGGAAUGAUUGGAAGUUGCGUUGGUUGCAACGUGAGUUUUACACGGGUCGCGUGCCCCGACAGGUGAUUGCCAGCAUAAUGCCGCACUUUGCCACCGGACUAAAUACGGAAACGGACGACUCGGUGUUGUGGGAAUAUUUGGCGCAUCUGCUUAACGAGCCGAAGCGUCGCACAAAGCUGAGCAACGUUAACACCUUUGACGAUGUCAUCGAGCUGGUGCACAAAUCGGAGAAUAUAAUUGUACUAACCGGCGCUGGUGUGUCUGUCUCAUGUGGCAUACCCGAUUUUCGAUCAACGAACGGCAUCUAUGCACGGCUGGCGCAUGAUUUUCCGGAUCUACCCGAUCCGCAGGCCAUGUUCGACAUCAACUAUUUCAAGCGUGAUCCGCGACCCUUUUACAAAUUCGCACGAGAAAUUUAUCCGGGCGAAUUUAAGCCGUCGCCAUGCCAUCGCUUCAUCAAGAUGCUGGAGACGAAGGGCAAACUGUUGCGUAACUACACUCAGAACAUUGACACACUGGAGCGUGUCGCAGGCAUACAGCGGGUAAUUGAAUGCCAUGGCUCCUUUUCGACGGCCUCGUGCACCAAGUGCAAGUUUAAGUGCAAUGCGGAUGCUUUGCGCGCCGACAUCUUUGCCCAGCGCAUACCCGUUUGCCCCCAAUGCCAGCCGAAUGUGGAGCACAGUGUGGAUGCCUCUGUUGCCGUCACAGAAGAGCAACUCAAGCAGCUCGUCGAGAACGGCAUCAUGAAGCCCGACAUUGUCUUCUUUGGCGAAGGCUUGCCGGAUGAGUAUCACACCGUAAUGGCCACGGACAAGGACAAGUGUGAUUUGUUGAUUGUGAUUGGGUCCUCGCUGAAGGUGCGUCCCGUCGCCCACAUUCCCAGCAGCAUACCCGGAUCGGUGCCGCAGAUUCUGAUCAAUCGCGAGCAGCUGCAUCAUCUCAAAUUUGAUGUUGAACUCUUGGGCGAUUCGGAUGUGAUUAUCAAUCAGAUCUGUCAGCGUUUAUCGGGUAGUGGCUCUGACUCUGGUUAUAAUGACAAUGAUUGGAAGCAGCUGUGCUGUGACAAUGCUGUGCUACACGAAACCAAGGAUCUGUUGCCGCCCACUGAGCAUCACUAUCACCAUCAUCAUCAUCACCAUCAUCGGCAUCGCAGCUCCGACAGCGAACAGCAAUCCCAACUGGACACAGACACACAAUCGUUGAAAUCAAAUGGCUCGGCUGAUUAUAUGCUCGGCUCGUCGGCCGGCACUUGCUCUGACAGUGGCUUUGAAUCGUCCACAUUCACUGCGGUGCAUCCCGGCAAGCGCAACCAGCAGGAGCAGGAACCCCAAGCAACCACCAGCAGUAACAGCAGCAGCACCAACAGCAGCAAUAAUGACGCCGAUCGUGCCGCCAUUGAGCGCAUCAAGAGCGACAUUCUUAUUGAGUUAAAUGAGACGGAAUUGAGCUGCGAUCGACUCGCUGCUGCUCCAACGGCAACUGGCCCGUCGUCCAGUUAUCGUCAUCUCUCCAUUGACUCCUCCAAGGACAGCGGCAUUGAACAAUGCGAACAGUUCUCCAAUACCAACAAUGACAACACCAAUCGCGGCUAUGCCAGCAAUCUGGAUCCCAAUAUUACUUCAAAUGUUGUCGUCGAGACAAAGACAGCGGCACCAAGUUUAACACCAACGCCGCCGCAGGCCAAGCGACAGACGACAGCCGAUCGCUUGCAGCCGGGCACCUUCUAUUGUCACAACAACAGUUGCUCGUAUGUCUUUCCCGGCGCACAAGUCUUCUGGAGCAAUGACUUCAGUGAUGAUGACGAUGACGACGAUGAUGAUGAGGAACUGGGCAGCGGGCAAGAUCUCUUUGGCAAUGUGGUGGCCAGCGAUGAGGAGGCUUGCGAUUUGAAUGCCGUGCCACUUUCGCCGCUGCUGCCGCCCGCCUUGGAGGCGCACAUUGUUACGGAAAUCACCAGCGGUGGCCCCGCUGGAUUGGACAUGACACCACUAGCAACAACCACUGGAAGCGACAGCAGUCCCAGCAAAAAACGACGCAGUACAGCUGAUGUUGAACAGCAGGCAAUGCCAGCGAUUGAAUCUGAAACACCACCCAUUAAAAAGAGACGACCCAGCGUUGUUGCAACAACAGCAACAACACAAACAACAUCAACAACAGCCACAACUGCAGCUCCAGCUGCAUUGGCAACUGUGUAAACUGUGUUUAACUAAUUGCCCGGCUAGUUAAGAUAUAAUAUUUAUUUCCAAUAUGUCUUUUAAGUCAAUUCAAUUGGACUCGAGAGCCAGAUAAAAACGAAAAGAAACAAAAAACUAAAAACUAUGCAUGUCUAGAGAAGCUCAACACAAACUUUAAUUGAGGCUUUUUUCUUGUUCAUCUUCUUCGUCUUCAACGCGCACUAUUAGAAAAAGCCGAAGUUGUGUAGUUUUCUUUUAGUAGUAAGAUCACUUUUAAUCUAAGUCGCCCCUUCUCCUUUUGAUAUUUUUAUUGCAAAUUUAGUUUAUAUUUAUUCUCUUCUACAUAAUUGUAAAAUGUUAGUAUUUUGUAACUUGUCAAGUUGUUAAGUUGAGGCCUUUUAGUAAAUCCACUGAAAAAAGAACUAGAGUGCAAAAGUGCAUAAUGUUGCCUCAACACACAUUCGAUUUAAGCUAAAACAUUGAAAAGGGAUUAAAACGAAAUAAUACCAAUUUUUUGUAGAAUCUAAGACCUGGACAUAACCUCCUGUAUAUAGGCAUCUUUGUAAAUGUACUCUUUUUCUAUUGUUUCCUUAUCUUAACAUUUGGUUAUGGCAGCUUUAUAAAUAAAUAUCCAAGCCUAAAUAAUAUUUACACUUCACACACACAACAGCACACACACCCGCCCAUUCACACACACUCAUACACAGAUUAACUUGCUCCCAAAUAUGUUAUUCGAAUGCGAGCUAAAAUGUUUAAUCAAAAAUUUAGCAUAAUUAUCAAAUACAUAUAUAUCAAAUAUAUAUAUGUAUGCCACCAAACUCUAUGUGUAAAUUAGAUUUUAAGCACUAGCUGUAAUAUUCCAAUAUAAAAUGUAUUAAUAUCCAAAAACAAAAAAAAAUUAUAAUAAUAAUAAACCAAUUUAUUGAAAGUUGUUG